UCGGCACCGGUCCGGGUCUGGAACGAACGAAAAACCUCAUGAAGAAGCACAGCCACGCGGCCAUGGCGGUUCUGGACCGGCUAGAACCUUCGGAUGCGCGGACCGCGCUGCAGAACAUCAUCCUGGCCAUGCAGGAGCUGUAACGGUCGUUUUGGACAGAGAAGAAAGCUUACAACAUUUGCCGCGAGGUGUCGUCGUGGUAGUUGUGUGCGUGAGAAUAAAGAAGUGUGAGUGUGCAACGAAAAGUGACGUACGGAGAGAGAAAACCUGCGCGUGUGUGAGUGACAGAAGUAAACAAAACAAAUAUGAUGUUGCAUCACAGCUGAAUGUUGAAUGAAGGUGUCGUAAAAAUUAAAAACCUGCAAAAAAUCUUUGAGCAAAGCGCAAUCAAAAAGUGUGGACGAGUUUAGUGUUGACGGGAGGAAGGUAAUAACGUAAUCGCGCAGUGAACAGUAUUCAGAAGAAUCAAUAAUUAGUUAAAAAGUGCUCAAAAUUAGUCUUAUCUGAAAUGUCGAAGUGUGGUCGUGAGUGAAAUUUGUGAUGUAAAUAAAGGAAGAGAGUGUGAGAGCGAGAGAGAGAGAGCUCAACCAGCGUAAAUAAAGAAAAAAAUCAGCAAUCGUUCCAAAACGGUACACGCGGAAAGGAAUUUUCACUUUUGCUCUGCGCAUAUUUCUUGUGCUGGCACAAGCAGAAGUCCACCAGCAGACAGCAACUAGUCGCAGUGAGAGAAGAGAGACGAACGCGCGCGCGUACGGAUUUGUGCCACUUUCACGAGAUACGCAUACGACACAUCAUCACAGUCGAAGCAGUUGACCAAUUGAAGAAUCCUUCCUCGAAAAUUUCAACGGAACAUCGCCACCACACCAUGUCGCUGAGUAGAGUCUGGAACCUGCACCGGGCCGUGCUGCGGACAGCGCUGACCAGGGGUGCCACGAUCGUCGGAACAUCGUCGCGUAGUCCCGCAGUCACCUCGGCCCGGUUGCUCAGUUCCAGCUCGUUGGUUCGCGAAAAGCAGACAGCCUCGGCGGCGGCGGCCAAACCCGUCCAAAAGCAGCACGACUGGAACCGGGCCGUGAGCGAGGCGGAAAAGAUCGUCGGCUAUCCGACGUCGUUCCUGAGCUUGCGCUGGCUGCUGAGCGACGAGAUUGCCAAUGUGGCGCUGCACCUGCGGAAGCUGGUCGGAAGCAACCAUCCACUGCUGAAAACGGCCAAAGUUCUCAUCUACAACGGCAAGAACAACAUGCAAGCAUGGGGUCUCAUCGUGCUGCUCGUCUCGAAAGCCGUGGGCCACGCUCCGUCCGUUCCGGAUCUGGAGCAGGACAAAAGUGCCGGCGUGUUGCAUUCGCAGCGAGCGCUAGCCGAAAUCACCGAAAUGAUCCGGACGGCUCAUCUGGUGCACCAGGGUCUCGUAAAUCUGCAACCGUUGGCCAACGCCGGUAACGAACUCAGCGGUGACAGUGACAUGAUCUUUGGAAACAAAAUCGCGCUGCUGAGUGGGGAUUACUUGCUGGGAAACGCGUGUCUGCAGUUGGCUGGAUUGAGGAAUCAAGCCUUGAUCGAACUGAUUUCCUCCUCGCUGCGGGACAUGGCCGAGUCGAACUUUAUCGGUGAUCGUGACGUGCAGAACAACCCGUUGCCGACGGCCCCCGGGGGACAGCCAAGUGCGGUUCACGCUAGUGGAGAUUUGGGCUUCGGGGAUCUGGAGGACAAUACUCAGCCGAUGAGUAUCAAGGACGUCAUGGGGAACCCGGAGAAGGAGUGGUCACUGCGUCACAUUCUGGGCGCGGGAAGUUUGCUCGGCAAGAGCUGCCAGGGCGCGUUGAUCCUGGCCGGACAGGCGGUCGAGCUGCAGAAGCAGGGCUACCUGUUUGGAAAGCAUCUGUCUCUGGCGUGGCAGGCUUGUAUCGAUUUGGAGCCGUUCAGCAGUCCCAAUUUGCCACCAGGAACAACGUUCAGUCUCGUGUCCGCGCCCGUUCUGUUCCACCUGGAGCACGACCCCAGCCUGUACGAGGAAAUCAAAAAGGGCCAACAGUCGGUGGACGACAUCGACUACGCCAAGAUCCACGCCGAGGUGAUCAAGGGGCCGGGGCUGGACAAGACGCGCGCCCUGCAGAAGAAGCACAGCCUGGCGGCGAUGACGGUGCUGAACGAGUUGCCCCCGUCGGAUGCGCGGACCGCGCUGCAGAACAUCAUCCUGGCGAUGCAGGACUUGUAAGACGACCUUGCGUGAAACCCGAGGGAGGGAGAUUCUUCGAUUUUCUUUGCGUUUGAGGAAGAAAAAGUGCGAGGAAAACUGAGCAAAAGUGAAGAAGUAUCAUUCCGUCCAGUGUUUGUAAAGGAACGUUUAGUUAGAUGCUACGUUUUAGGGUUACAUAUGAAUGCGAACAAAUUGAGUUUAGUGGAAAAGGUGGCAUUAAACUACUCCGUGCUAGUUUAUUCGUUCACGGUCGUAAUACUGAGAGUACUACCUAGAUGCUAGUUUUUAAGAGGUGAUUGUGUUGCUCUAUACUUCGAAUUAUAUUUAUAACUGUUGACUUUUUCUAAGGA